AUGGCAUCCGAAAAUGAGCAACAACAACACUUCUCCCCGCAAGGCAUCACAACCAAUGAUAGACAAACUGUGAACAAUCAAGCAGCUGCUGCAGCAAGGUUUAGCAGCAAUUCUGUGCAGAUGGGCAUCAAUCAGCCACAAACCAACACAGUGAUUUCUGGGAAUAGUGGACCAGCUAACAUGCAGCUUCCAAAUAGUCAAAGAACACGUUCCAGAGAUUUAAUGGAAAACCAGGGUAACAAUCAGAAUGUUUUCUAUCCGGUCCCUGAUUAUGCACCUGAAGAUAUUAGGGAAGACAUGAUGGCCAUCAGGGACGCUGCGCAUGUGCUUUGCCAAGGGAGCAAGAGAUUGAGAAUACUGUUUGAGGAGAAACAGAAGGAAGCCGUCCAGCAUCUGGUAGACAGUGCGAGGAUCCCUAUCCUACAGAAAUUGAAUGAGAAAAAUGGGGAGAUUGUAAAAUUGAGAAAACUGAACAUGACACUUGAGAAGAAUCUUUUAAACGAGAACUUGGCUUGGAGAGAAUAUGCCAUAUCUUGUGAAAUCAAGGUGGCCUCUCUUAGUAACAAACUGGAAGCUGCCAUGGCUGAGGUAAGCAGGCUGCAGGGGCUUUUGCCACCAAAUGAUACUUUGGCAGCCCCCGCUGAAGCGCAAAAUGUUGCUUCAUUUGCCCAUACUAAUGUCUCUGAAAAGAACACAAAUGCACAAGGAGAAGCUAAGGUAGUAGCAGUGCAAGAUGCUCAAGAAACUGAGGCUGAAAAAAUCAAGACCCGAGCUGCUGAGAAGGGGGAGGGUAGUGGGGAGAAGAAAAAGUGCAUGCUCUGUGGUGAGUUCGAAAUGAGCGUUUUGGCAUGGCCAUGCUGGCACCUGUGCUUUUGCAUGGUUUGUGGGACCCCUGAAUCCCGUCUUCAAGGUCUUCCUUGUCCCGUGUGUGGUGUUACCAUGAAAGCAGCUGUCCCUGUCAGCAUUACUUGA